AUUUCCCAGGUUACGGCAUAGACUCAGUAGACUACUUCCGCAGUAGAUGUCUGUCUAGCCACAGAGACGAGAGGCCACAGCAAGCUGAAAGUUCAGAAGAUCAUGUUUAGUAAGUGAACGACGGCGAUGGAAGGGAAAGGUCCGUAUCGCAUCUACGAUCCCGGUGGGAGUGAGGUCAAGGCCAGGGAUGAGGUAGUGGGGGGCAGCAGCUAUCGCCAGCUGCUGGAGGAGAACAGCAUGCUGAGGGAACGGAUGAAGGGACUUAAGAGCUUAGGUGAUCUUUUGGAAGAAUCCCAGUCGGAGGCUUCGCGGCUUCGGCAGCGGGUGGAGGAGCUGGUGAGGGACAAUGAAGCUUUAAAGUCGGCCAGCUACGCCGCCAGUCUGUGCGCGGGAGCGCCUGUUCACACUGAGGCUCAAAGCAAACCCUGUUUACACCCCACUGCAGAGAAGGAGGAGCAAUCAAGCUGUUUAGGGAGAACACUUCAGCCAGAGAAGCCCCAUGAGGCCUUAUUGGAAUCUGAAAGGGGGAAUAUGGAGGGAAGGAACUCUGAUGCCUUGGCUGCGGGGUUGGUGGCAGGAGCGCUUCCCCAGCUUCCUCAGGAGAACAACGAGCUGGCGAGUCAGCUGAAGCGGCUGGAGAGCUCUUUCAGCAUAUUUGCAGAGGAGUCGAAUCCAAACCAGCUGCUGGCUCACCUCGGCCGCAUGGCGGUGGAGUUUCACCAUCUCUCCUCAAAGGUCCAGAAGAACGAACAGAGGACCUCUCUCCUACAGACGCUGUGUGAGCAGCUCAGACAGGAAAACAAUGAGCUUCGAAAGAAAAUGGAAGAAGAUCAUCAUAUCAGGAAUCGAGACUUGGAGCAGCUGAGACUGGAGAAUCAGAAACUGAAGGAGCUGGUCACGGGAGGGACAGCAGUGGUGUCGACUGCUUCACCGUCAGAAACAGAGACUCCAGAGGCCAAAGACGAGCCGGUUAAGGAGGAAUCUCCAGCUGUUCGACCUAAAAUGGAGGCCACCACACCGCAGAAGAGUGGAAAAUCAGCAGAGAAAACCCCAGCUAAAGCAUGUGACAUAGAGGUGUACGAAAAGAAGAUCAAGCUUUUGGAGAAGCAGAGAAAGGAUGUUCUGGAGGUGAACAAGCAGUGGGACAUUCAGUGGAACGCCAUGAAGUCACAGUUUGAGCAGAAGAUCACAGACCUCAGGCAACGUCUGGCCGAGUCCCAGAAAACUGUACUGGAGCUGGAGGCCGAGCGAGAGCAGAGGCAGCGCGACUACGACAAGAAACUGCUGCUGGCCAAGUCCAAAAUUGAGAACGUACAGGGCGAGAAGGAGUGUUUAAACUCUGAAACAACUGAGCUGAAGCAGAAGGUUCGCUACCUGCAGGAUCAGCUGCUGCCCCUCAGUAAGCAGAGGGAAUACCAGGAGAAAGAGAUCCAACGCCUAAACAGAGCCUUGGAGGAAGCCUUGAACUUGCAUUCCCCCUCAUCCUCUCAGCAACCUCCUGGACCGGGGAACUUUGCAGAUGCAGCCAAUAACCUGAAAAAACAGGAGCUGCUCACACAAAUCGCUGUACUAAAAGAACAGGUGAAAAUCUUCGAGGAGGACUUUAGGAAAGAAAGAAGUGACAGGGAGCGAAUGAAUGAGGAGAAAGAGGAUCUUAGACGGCAAGUCGAGAGGCUCCAGGGUCAGAUUACCAAUUUGACCAAUCAACUUCAUCAAGCUCAGAAUGAGUGUCAGAGAGAACGCACAGAGAGAUGUAAGCUGGAGAGACUGCAGAUGCAGCAUCACAAACAGGGGCAGCAGCAGGAAAGACGUACCUCAGACCCCACGUCGGGCUCAGUGAACGGCCCUCUGAGCCCUCCCUACUGUGGUCCCUUUGUGCAGGUGGGAACGCAGGGCCUGGAGGGCUGGCCCAUUCACUUCCCUCCCCGGAUGCCCAACGCAGCGGGCGCCGCAGCAGCAGCCGCCGCAGCAGCAGCACCGCCCCCAGCUCGAGACUUCCAACCUGUUACCCCGGGUUUUCCUUGGCAGAUGUCAUUCCCUCAACCACGAGGGGCCAGAGCAGUAGGAGAGAGCUCAAGACCGCCACCAGAGAACGCAGAUCAGUCAACAGCAGCCACAGCAACAGGGUUUGGCAAAAGGGAGAGACAGAACAUCGACCCCGGAAAGCACUAAAGCAUCACCGUACCCAUCUGAUGGAGCCUGGGUAGUAGCAUGAAACUGUCUUUGAGUUGACAAGGUGUGAUUGAGAUAUAAUUUUCCUACUGAACUGUAGAUAUCCUAUUGUAAUGUUGUUUAUACUUGCGUUUUAUAAGGCUAUUUGUGAAACACUUCGCUAUUCUGAAUAUAUAUAAAUAUAUAUACAUAUUAUUUAGAUUUUUUUAUCUGGAACUGAAGUCCUUUUGUUAAAUGAGUUUGAAUAAUUAUCAUUGCUUUCUUUUGUUUUAUUUUAUUUCCUUCUGCAAAAUAUACCUAUGUAAUUGUCUCUCUGCAAGUAUGUAACACCUUAACACUUUGAUUAACUUGUAGGGUUACUGGAAGCCAUUCCCCAAAAGCAAAUAGGACAACAUGUGCUCAUUCCAGCACUGAAUGAUUAUAUAGGUACAAUAAAUCAUAGAAGUAAAAACAAAGUGAAUGUUAAUUGAUUUUAUGAGGAUUUCUACAGUGCCAUCGAUGUUCUAGAAAUGUCUAAUAUGUGUAACUGUUCGAAAGUGGUUGUUGAAAUACAAAAAUUUGGGGAAAUGAAUUUUGAUACCAAAAAAACAAAAAACAUGAUUGUGAUUACUAAUAAUUUAUUUAUAACCUGCUGUUUUGAUAGUUGCAUUUACUGAGUGUAAAUCAUUGUCUUUAGUAAUGCUGUUCUUUCUAUGUUGUUAGUGUAAUCCCAAUAUAUUGUAGCUAUUGACAUUGUAUGUUUGUAUCAGACACAAUACACAAUGCACAUUACUUAACCAUCUUUUUUUUCCAUGAUGAUGGACCUAAUCUCAUUAAACAACACUUCUACUUGGUUUUACCACGCAUUCUGAUAUUUAUGCUCAUUUUUACUGCAUCCUGUAUCAUUUUACUGUAGCCCCAACACACAGUUGCAAACAGAGCCUCAAAAUCUUAAGGCAGCAGGAGUAAUUAGAGUCCUACUCGUACAACAACUUGCAUAUUACAGCUCUGCUCCUCAGAGGAAAAAAAAACCUUGGCCAGGAUGUCUUGUCGAUGUUUUCAGUCCCAAUUGACAACCAGCAUUUAAUGCCAAGGGGAUUUGCCUGCAAAGUCAGAAGACCUCAUGAUAUAGUACAGGAUCAAGAUGUUGGAAAUAUGUUCUACAAUUUGUAAGAUGCUCAAACCAAUCUCAGAAAGUGGUUUUACCUAAACACCAGUUAUUUCCUUAGUAUAAAAUAUUUCAAGUAGUCAGACGAAGGGCUUCAAAUUGUGCGGGACGGGACUUUGGCUCAGUUUUUGUGAAAAGAGUUUGUAAGUUGCGGGGAACAAAAAUAUUUGAUGGAUGAGAACUGAGACAUCAGCAGAGUUGCACUUUGAAAGGUAUGCUGUAAUUUCUGGCAGGUGUAUUUUUCUGGUUUAUAGCGUUCUUUUUUCCCUUUUUGCUGUUGGCAAAAAGCACAUGUGAGACUUUUUGUAUUUGACUGGCUUAAUAAAUCUAUUCUAAAUGUC